GUACCAACAAUAGAAGGCCCAUUCACGUGCAUAAAGCAGUCCUGGGAUUCCCUCCAAUAUUUUAAUUUUCAGAGUGAUGGUGGGAGAGCACGCGCUUUCACCUGUCCCGGGAGAGGAGCUCACUUUUGACUUUUGAGUCUCAGUCUACCGACUACCUCCGCCACACUCCCCCCACUGCUAAAAAUCACCCGGAAGCAGCUCGCUAGCUACAGCCAUUAACUUCCAAGUUCCGGUAGACUUUGCAUUGCGUCCCAGAACCAACCAUGUACUCGUCCACCGCCGGGGAAGUCGCCGCCGCCUCCUCCUCUUCCUCCUCCGCCGCAAGAAGUAAUACACUUUCUAAUUUGACCAUGGCCGAAGCAGAAGGCUCCUACACCAUUCCGGCCGAUCGUCUGACAUACGACGUCUUCCUCAGCUUCAGAGGAUCCGACACUCGGCACGGCUUCAUCAGUCAUCUCUACAACGCUCUCCAGCAGAAAGGGAUCAGCACUUUCAAAGACGAUCUCAAGCUCGAACGCGGCAAGCUCAUAUCGCCCUCGAUUCUCCGGGUAAUCCAGCGCUCUAGGUUUUCGAUCGUCGUUUUCUCCGAGGACUACGCUUCCUCCCCCUGGUGCUUGGAGGAACUCCAGACCAUCAUCCAGUCUAUGGAAUCGGAUGAUGAUCAGAACAGCAAGACUAGUAAUCACGCCGUCUUCCCUAUCUUCUACGGCAUCGAUCCUUCGGAUGUCAGCGAGAUCAAGAAUAGCUACGCAGAUUCGUUCGCCAAACACGAGAAAGAUUUCCCCCGAGAUCCUGAAUUGCUCGCGAGCUGGAAGGCUGCUCUCAACAAGGCCGCUGAGUUGAGUGGUUGGGACUCGCGUAACAGGGACGAGCCAGCGCUUAUUAAUGAGAUUGUGGCUGAUGUUCUGAAUAAGCUGGGCAGGGAACACCAGAACAAGUAUUUAGGAGGCCUUGUUGGAAUGGAGACCCGCAUAAAGGAAGUGGAGUUGCUACUGCUUACUGGGUUAGUUGGGGUCAGGAUGGUGGGAAUUUGGGGCAUGCCAGGAAUCGGUAAAACGACCACCGCUGAAGCAGUUUACCAUAAAGUUUCCCACAAGUUUGAUGCCUGCUGCUUCCUCAAGGGUGUUAGAGAGGUUGCAGAGAAACACGGGCUUGAUCAUCUGCGGAACAAACUACUUUCUGCUUUGAUAGUGGAAGAUGGCCUCAGGAUUUUGGACCAGCAGUUGGAUGUGCUAAUGAAGGGUAGGCUUCGUACUAAAUGUGUCCUUAUUGUUCUUGAUGAUGUUGCGAAUAGAGAUGAGUUGAUGAGCUUAGUAGGGGAUCGCGAUUGGUUUGGAUCUGGGAGUAGAAUCAUCAUAACAACUAGAGACAAGCACCUGCUGGAGCAACAUGAAGUGGAUGCAGAGUAUGAGGCCAAGCCUUUAGGUGAUGUCGAAUCUCUUCAGCUAUUUUGCGAACAUGCUUUUAAGAAAGGCUCCCCGGUUCAAGAUUUCAAGGCAUUGUCGCAGCGUGUUGUGACAUACUCCCAGGGGCUUCCUUUAGCCCUCAAACUCCUCGGAUUGUCAUUGUACAACAUGGAUAGAGGUGAAUGGGAAAGUAAAUUGAACACAUUGGAAGAUGUUCCUCCUCGCAAUGUUGUCAGGAUCCUAAGACUUAGCUUUGAUGUGCUUGAUAAUUCCGAGAAGAACAUAUUUCUCGACAUUGCUUGUUUUUUUAGAGGGGAAGAUAAGGAGUACAUUGUGAGCUUACUAGAAGCCUGCGGCUUCUCUGCAGUUCAUGGAUUGAGAGUCCUCCUUCACAGAUCUCUCAUCAUUAUCCAAGAUAACAAGGUCCUGAUGCAUGAUUUGUUACAGCAGAUGGGAUGGGAAAUUGCCCGACAAGAGCGCUGCAGGUUGUGGAAUCAUCAGGAUGUUUGCAAUUUGUUCGCGCAAAAACCUGUGCCAAAAGAUGUUCAAGGUGUUGUCCUUGAUACUUCCAAGGUGAAUGAGGAGAUUGGAGUAGAAGCUCUCCAUGAGAUGGAGAGACUUAGAGUGCUUAAGAUCUGUAAUCUUCACCAAUCUGGAAGUUCCGAGUAUGUCUUCAGGAAAGAAUCAUACCCUCACAUUGGUAACUCCAGUAAUGAAAGAUCCAAGCUGCAUAUUUUGGGUAAAUUGAGAACUCUCUCGCAUGAAUUGAAAAGCUUGGAGUGGCAUGGUCAUUCAUUAAACAGUAUACGGAGGAGGUAUACCAGGGCUGCAGACCCUAAGCUGCAUUAUUCAGGGAAGUUGAAAACUCUGUCCAAUGAAUUGAGGAUCCUUCAUUGGCUUGGAUAUCCAUUUCAGUCUUUGCCUGCAAAUUUCUACCCCAGGAAUCUCGUUGAACUCAACUUGUCAUGCAGUGGCUUGAAGAACUUCUGGACAACGAAAAAGGCUUUCGAUAAGUUGAAGUUCAUGAAACUCAGCCACUCUCAAGAGCUCACUCAUACACCAGAUUUCUCUUUGAUGCAAAACCUGGAGAUACUAAUUCUUGAAGGGUGCAUCAAGCUGAUUGAAGUUCAUCCUUCUAUUGGCGGUUUGGAAAAGCUAGUUUAUUUGAAUAUGAAAGGGUGCAAAAGUCUACGGUAUCUGCCACCCAGUAUUGGAAUGAGAUCUCUUGAGGUUCUUGAACUGUCAGGAUGUUCAAAAUUAAAGAAGCUCCCCGAGGUGAGGGCCAAUAUGGGGAACUUGUCAGAGCUGCUUCUAGAUGGCACAGAUCUAGCAGAGAUACCAGGUUCCAUCCAAAACCUCACUGGGCUUCUUGUGUUGAGCGUUGCAGGUUGUAAGCGCUUAGAAUCCAUUCCUGGGGCAGUUGGUCGCUGUCGUGCGUUGAAAAUCCUUCACCUUUCCGGCUGCUCGAAUCUCCAACUUCUACAGUUUGAGUUGAACAGGCUGGAAAAUUUGGAGGAAGUUCAUGCCGAUGGAACAGCUCUCAGGUUGAGGUAUUUGGCAGUAGGUGGCCAGCUGAAGAAGCUGAAAGUACUAACACUUCGCGGCUCAAACAGGGCGCCGUCAUCCAUCCAGAAGGCCUGGCGGGAUCAUCUUUCUGAAACUGUUGGAAGUCAUUACCUAAUGAGAUUUAUCUCGUUCAGCUCCGACUGUUUCGGCUUUACAGAGUUUUCGUCCUUGACGAGUCUGGAUUUGAGCAACUGCAACUUGCCGGAUCCCUUAUAUGAUAUCAGUUGUCUGGUCUGCCUGAGGACGCUGGAUCUUAGUGGAAAUCUCUUCUCCAACUUGAAAGUAGACGGCCUCCCCAAAAAUCUGGAAGUUCUUCUCUUGGCAAAUUGCAAGAAGCUUUUGUUCAUACCAAGUCUUCCGUCCACAACAUACCGUGUGGAAGCACCGAACUGUACAUCGUUGCGCUUCAUUGUUCCCCCGAAAGGUAUUGAAUCCGCGAGGAUGCGUGGUUUUAACCUCUUGAAUUGCUCGGAACUGGGAUUUGUAGAUGAAGGUUAUAGUCCGCACCCCAAGGGCGAAAUAGCAGUUGAGUUGCUGAAAGUUCAUGUAGAGAAGACUCCUUCGCACUCUGUUGCCGAGUUGUCUGUCAUCAUUCCAGGUAGCGAGAUCACAGCGGAGUGGCUUCCUUAUCAGCACAUGAAUUCUAGUAUAGCAGCUGUGAUGCUGCCGCCGGAUUGGUACAGUGACACACUUAAAGGCUUAGCGCUGUGGGCCACUUUCGAAGUGCGAGGAGAAGACUCUAUCGCUCCGGCCGACCUGAGGCUUGAGUUCCACUGCCGAAGCAAUGGGCGGACUGUGAUAUCUGAAGUUGGGUUUGAGUUGAGUAGCGGUACAAAGGUUGAGUCGGACCACAUUUGGCUGCGCUUCAUUCCAGCGCUUCUGUUCAAGACGGUUCGGAGGCGGGAAUCGUGGAGUCCCGUUGAGGCAGUUGUCGUGACGAGUAGUCCAUGCUUGGUUGUGAAGAGCUGCGGGCUAUAUCCAAUAUGCCGAGACAAUGAAGGGCAUUUAGUGGAGAUCAAUCCCAGUCCCAGCAAUAGCUGAAGUCUCCGCACCUCUUGCCUAUUGUUCGGUGGCGGACUCAGAAUCUUGGCCCUUUGCCAAAAUCCUUGAUCCCUCUCCGUUGCCGGACCUCUAGUCCAGUCGUCGCCGCUGAGGGUUGGGCGCGGGUGGUAAUUCUUUUCCCCUCCACAAGCUCGUACUUGAGCUCGGGCUCCACUGAUGUAAGACACAACCUUCCUUUUUAAUUUUGACUCGCGGCGGAGAGAGAAUAUUUAUAUUGCUUUUAUAAUUUGUUAGUUUUUGGAUAUGUUUGAAUGGAAACAAUAAAGAAGUAAUAACCGAAACUAUUAAAGAACGGUAGAAUUUCUACCAUACAUAAGAAAAUGAGAUAAUGUUGGUGGUUUAAGAACGGUAGUUUUUGGAUAUGUUUGAAUGGAAACAUAAACAUCUAAUAUUCAAAAGCUAAUGUUGGUGGUUUAAGAAAAAGAGAUACCGAUGAUCUAUAUACAUAAGUAGAGUUCAUAGAGCUAAGGUUUGUAUGCCUUUAAGAUUAUAAUUUGAAGGUAUAUUAUGAAUUAUCAAGUAAAAAGGACAAUGGCUAGCUAAUAGCUCUCGGAGCCUUCCUUUUAUAAGUCCUCAACAUGAUAUUCCAUAUAUACCCUCUCCUUGAAGCAAUUGUAUAACCUGUAGAGAGGAAGUAUGUCCUACCCAAAUUAUACAUGGACGAAUUAAUAGUAUAAUACAAUAACGAAAAGACACCAAUAUGGGUUUCAUAAUUAAAACAUUCAAGUUACACUGAACUUGAUUCAAUUUCAUUCAUAUUUGUUGUUGUUCUGCAUCUUCUUCCUUCUUCAAAUCUUCAUCCACGUUCCAUGCUAAUGAAUGAACACUCCAUGAAACUAAACUUCUUCUUCAUCUUACUUACAAGUACGUAACUACAUAAUUGAUAAUUAAAAUUGAGAAAAUCUAUCUUCUUCCAAUAAACAAACAACAAAGGAAAAUCAAAAUGUGACCAAAAGCUAGUCAACCAUUGAACCAAACAUUACUUAAUUGGAUGUUUAUAUGAGAAAUAGAUUGAAAAGCAGGAAAUACUUGUUGCUAAAUGUGAACAUCAAAUGAGGCUCAACCACCUAGAUAACAUUAACCAAUAUAAACAAUUCGAUCGCACGGCAUGCAUCGAAACUGUUUGCCAAAACUCAAAUGGUUUUAGAGAGAGCAAUAUCAGUUAUAUCACUGUUAACUAACUACGAUUUAAGUCUAACAUAACACAUGAUAAAGAGGUUAGAGGUGCAAAGUUAUAAAAGCAACUAUGGAAAAGCAAAAAACUGUGAGUAUGAUAACACAAAGCAACAGAAGUAAAAAGUCAGCUUGACAAUGAACUUAAUUAGUAGUGAAAUUAGAGCAACUACAAGGGUAUCUUCUCUGCAUUGUGCAUUAAUGCCUAAGAAGAAGUAUUUCCUGGCAAAGCAGAAGUGAAGAGUCAAUUCUAUAUGUUAUAUCAACUUGAAACAGGAAGCAACAUGUAUCUUAUAGUGCUCAUUUCUAGUAAAGUUGACUAAAAACAUCAUUUAAAUACUCAAAAUGGAGAUAUGCAUUGAAUUUAGAAUGAUUUUGCAUUGUUAAUAUAGUAUUUUAACAUUAAGCUUAAUAGUGUAAAGUUCAGCAUAACAACAUGUAGUUGCAGUCAAGUACAGAAAGACCACUAAUUCACAAACAACAAAGAGAGUUGGAGGACCAACAAAUCUAGCGUAAGUAACUUGGUGCCAAAGCAAUUCUCGAGGUCCUACUGGUGCUCUUUCAUUAUCUAAGAACCUGUCAAGUUAGUGAGCAACUAAGAAAAUAGAACGGGGGCUCACAAAUCUAAUACUACUGUUGCAUAUGGGAAGAGCUAAACUCCAUAGGGUAACAAUAUUGAUUAAGAAGUUGUUAUGUUGUCCAUUUUGAAUUGGAAUUAUGUCCAACAUAACAGGAAUUAUUCAACCAAUUACCAUACAUUUGGAUUAGGAGGCAGAUGCACACUAAAUUUUUUUUUAGGAUAGAAGAGUCAGUUUCAAAAGGAAAUCAAAAUUGCAUACCAAGCAUUUCUCACAUAGUCUGAAUGUUUAGAAAAUAGGCAGAAUUAGAAGCAGGGGGAAUCGAAGGCCCAGUCUCCAUCUCCAUUGCAAUUAGUUUGUGCUCAAACUCAAGCCCAAAGCAAGUCAAGGGGGCAGGGUCAAUUCCUUCAAAAGUUGUUGUUUGCUGCAGCAAAGAACGAAACUUUUUAAGUUAAUAUGGAGAAAAGAGUAUACUACUUGCCUGUCAAAGCACAUGGGGCAACCAAGUUGCUGUGAGUUCUUCAAAUCAGAGAAUCAGGUGAAUUAGCAAAUAAAAAAUAAAUUUACAUGAGAAUGCCAAGAAAAGCUGCAAAGAAACAGAAACUAUCUUCACCCACGAAAAGAUGAGCCAAACAACAGCGACAUUACCGAAGAUAAACCCAACUAACAUGAGAAUUAGUGGUUAAACAUAGUAUUGCAACACACUGGAAUUUUAAUACUCAUCUUAAAUAAUAAUAGAGGAAAAAUCUUAUUGACAUCCAGCUCUUGCUCAAUUCUACUACUGCAUAUCUAUUAUACCCUAAAACUACAAAUCACCAAUAAACAACCGUGAAGUUUAUAUUACCCAUACAGUUCUGCUAGUAUGAAUUACUCAUACAGUCAUACACAUAAUAGAAAAUGGAAGUUGCAACCUAGAGAAUACCCAUAACAACUAAUGGGUAAAGGCUUAACCUCUAGGAAUCAAUCGACUGACUAACGUAUAUGACUAAUGCUUAGCAAUCAAUUAGCUGAAGUACAUACGCAGAAUCUUGUUUUCAAUGCAAAAGCAACUCAUGAAUCUUGUUUUCCUUCCUGUCUACAUCUCUGGCGUAUUCCAUUCUUUUAAUAUAAUUUCACAUUCAUUAAAAAAAAGUAACUCAUGAAACUUAAGCACACACAUACUAUAAUCUGAAAACCCACUCUGAUUCCAUUCCAUAAAACAAAAAGAAUCAAAUAGGGCAAGAUAAAUUGGAGCAUCAUGUGCUACGAUCAAAUAAAAAGAAGCAAAGAAAGCUCUUGUCCUAAUUAUCUUAAAACAAAAAGACCCAAACCAGGCAAGAUAAACUGGAGCAUCAGUGUGCUAUUUGUUCCUAAUCAUCUUAUACGGUAAAUAAGUAGUGAAAAUAUUAACUACAAAGCCUUAUAUGAGGAACUGGGAAAUGGAAAACACAAUGCGCUAUGACCACAGCUAAUUCAAACUAACAUGACUAAUUACUUGAGUAAAAAUAAAUUAUCAAGGAUACCCUAAUGAACAAUUAGUUUAAAUUAAAAUCCAAGUUCAACCACCUACCUUCACCAUCUAUCCACGGAAGGGUUUGAACCGCCAUGGUAUCGUGCGACGAUACCCAGAAAAUAACGGAGUCCGCGCCAGAUAGAAAGGCAGUCAGGAGGGGUCGAUGUUGUGGUGGGAUUCAAGGAGGAUGAGGCUGGAAGCAUCACGGCGGCUCCGACUCGAUUUCAUGGUGGUGAGGAACCCUCGAUGCUGACAACUCCAAGUCUCGUCUUCUUUCCGGAAACAGUUGAGCGCGUUACUGCAUUAGGAAAUCUCCUAAACGAUCUCUACCCUGCAGCCUAGCUCCGGCAAGCACUUUUUCUUCUUUGAUUGAGAUUUGGCGGAAGACAAAUGGGAAGGAAAGGGGUUUUUCACAAUAGGAAAAAUGAGAGAUUGAGACUUGAGAGUGAACUGGGAAAGACGAAUGAAGAGGUGAGAUGCAUGGAAAAAGAGGACAGUAUGGUCAGCUCCUCAGAUGAGCCCGUUUGUAUAUAGGCUCAUCCAUGUGAAUAAAUAAAAAAGAAUCAACGGUCACCCUUGCCCUACCCAAUAUGAUAAACACAAGCUUAUCUGAAAACGCCCAAGGAUUAGCAAACGCUGAAUCCGAGAUCGCAGGAGCUUGCAAGCGGCAAACUCUGCUCAAGAAACCAGAAUCCACUGGAUAAAACCCUAAGGUCUCAAUAAUUUGAUAAAAGCUAAAAAUUGAGUUCCCUUACGUUUACAUGCUGCCUAUAAAUAAAGUGCGGCCGACUAAUCCUUUCCGAAAAGGAUCCGACUACUCCCUUCAGAAAAGGAUUAUGAAAACAAUAAUUAAAACAAAAUAACAAAACUCUAUACUGAAAACGUAAUAAAUCGAAAACGUCCAGCAAUGCUAGUCGGCUCAUGCUUGCGGCGUCAGCUCCCUCUCCAACCGAGCUGCUUCCUUGAUCUUGUUCUCUAGUUGCGCCGUGUCAGGAGAUCACAAAAAUCCAUCCGUGAACAGUAUACCCAAUUUUUUCUUAAGGAACAGUAAAUUUUGUUUUUGGUAAUUUUUGAAUACUUGUGUCUUAAAAUUCUAACUAAUAAUAAUAAUAAUAAUAGGAGAUGUAAGACAAUAGCCUUGAUUCCUCUAUAGUUGGGUGGUUUGGGGGAUUACAACUUAGAAGACAUAAGUUUUUAAUAAUUUUUUAUGAAUAUGAUAAUGAGUUGAAAAUUUUAGAAGAUUAUUUUUUAAAUUCUUUAUUAUUAUUUUCAAUGGUUAAGUCUUACAUUUAAUGGUCAACUACGAGAGUUAGUUGCCACGUAAAAUAAGGUUAACUGAAAUGGACAUAGUAUAAAGUAGUGAUCAAAUGAGAAUAUAAAGUAGUGACAAUGAAUGAAAUAAUUUUUACUUAGAGGCAAACGUGAAACAAUUUAGUAGACAUUCUGAUCAAACUUGUAAUUUCCGCAAAUAAAUUAUACAAUGCGAGUUUCUUCCAUUUAAAGAGGUACAACAAAUCCUCUAAAGCUGACCACUAUUUGGAAGCUAAAAGAGCAUUUUCCCCUUUUAUUACCAAAAAAUGUCUCUAACCAAGGAUCAAAAGGAGUUUUAGAGAUUAUUUUAGGUAUGAUUUGGGUAAGGACUAAAAGGGGACAAAGGGUGGGGAUAAGCAGCAUAAAAAGCAACUGAUGAUCUAUAGGGUUAAUAGCAUAUUUUGCCAUUUUAUUAUGUAUUUUUCUCAUACAUGCCGCUUUACUAUAUUUCAUGUUAAAUCGGCCCUUUUAUUAUAUAAGUGUUAUCAAAUAUGCCCUUUUGUUAGAUUUUUCAUUUGCCUUCCGUUAACCAUGGUCGAACCACGACCUAACCCUCUAAAAAUGACAAAAUGAACCUUAUUUUCGAGGUAGGGAAAAAAGUCUCGAGUCUUGCUUUCCUUCUUCGACUCUGCAUUGUUCGCUCCAUUCCCUUCGUUGAUCACCCUCUUUUUUUUCUCGUUAGAGAUUUCAAGAUUUAGCUUUAACCAUUACGAAUCCUUGUUCAUUUUUACGGUUCUUCUCAUAUAGAUUCUUUGUCGUUAGUUUUGAUUGCUUUUCUAAUUCGAGAAAAUAAAGUGUGAUCGAGGUUUUGGAUAAAUGAUUUUGAAUGUUUGCGUUUGAAAUUUGGGAACUUUGAAUCAAAUAAAGAUCUAGAUUGAAUGGGUGAAGUAGGCAGAGUGGAUCUGAAAGGACACAAUUAAUAGAAGGGCAAACUUGAUGUGAAACAUAGUAGAGGGGUAAAUUUGAGAAAGAUAAGGGACAAAAUAUGCCAUUAACCCAUGAUCUAAAGGAGGCCAAACUUGUGGAAACUAGUUAUAGAAACUAUAAUCAAUUAUCUACACGGGGCCAAAGUUUUGGAGACCCCUUUUUUUCUUUUUAAUUUGUUUAGAUAUUUUCAAGUGGUUUUUUUAGCUAAUGCAACUCAUUUCGAUGGAAAUUUCGACAAGUCGGUUGCAAUUUGAAGACAAAAAGUUAAAUUAAAAUUUAAAAUUUAAAUCUUAAUGGCUAUAAAAUGGGGGAAUUGAAAUAAUGGCUAUGAAAAAUCAAUUAAAGUGAUUAACUAAUUAUUUCAACUAUAAAAAAGUAUCUCGAAAAUUGCUUAAAUUUUACCGGAAUGCUCGUAUUGAAUUAUCAUGAAAAAAUAUAUAAAUUUAGAUAAAAAAUGCAAGUUUGACUAUUCGUAAGUUACAAUUACUAAAACUAAAUAGAAAGUUAUAGCACACAAUUUACUUUCUAUUUUCGUGUUGGCGAAAAUGUCAUUUUAACCUUAAAACUCCUAUUUUCCCCUCCGUUUACUGUUAGCCUAAGAGAGGUGAUAACACUGUAUUUGUACAUGUUUUUACCACUCAUUCCUUGAUUGUUUAGUUUUGAUGUUUAUUCUACUUUGGCUUAUUUUACACUAGGUUGUGUUCAUUUGUCACAUUUCAGGUCCUAGCACGUAAAGUGAAGUAUAGACGCAAGUUUCAUGUCAAUCAAAGAUCAAUUGGCGACUCGGGAGAAGAAACUUGUGCAUGACCCGAGGAAGAAUGGAUUUCUAACUUAUUUUAUGGACAAAGAAUCAUGUAAGCUUUUCAUUAUAACAAAGAGGACGAGGCUAUGAGUGUCUGGGAUUAAACAGCGACUGAUUCGGAGUCCGGAUGAGGGAUCAAAGACAGUGUGACAGGAGUUAAGAAAGAAACACGGGUAGGAAAAUGCGGUCUUGUUUUAUCCUCCUAUGCCCAUGUUUUUACUGACGAGAAGAAACAAGGGAAUGGCUAAAACACGGUCUGAGAAACACUAUCGUGUUUCUGCCCCCUGCUCGGGUAUAAGUAAGUUUUCUGCAAAUUUUGAGAGGGAGAGCUGGGAUUUGGAUCCCAAACACCCAUGGGGCGAACCCUACAGAGAGCAACUUGGGAUCAUUCUUGGAACUAUUUUGGAGGAUUUCUUCGCCAUUGGAGCUAGGGAAUCGAGCUUGGAGAUGGAGAUUGAAGAUCUAGAUCAGAUUUUUGCAUUCUCUCUUUUCUUUAUGAAGUAACUUCCCUUCACUUAGGUUUUGAAAAACCCUAGUUCCAUGUGUUAGGAUCUUUCUUGUAUAAACCUUUGGAUGCUAUAAUGUUUGAUUUUAAUCAAUUGAGGCAUGAUUU